AUGAGUCUGUGGGACGAGAACCCGCCGCCGCUGGCUCAGGGCGACGUCAUUCCCCAGCAGCGCAGCACCGUCGCCGAACAACCUCAAGGUAAUGGCCAGUUCGCGGGAGACCAUCGCAAUUAUCUUUCUGGUUCCGCUUCUGGUGCUACCCCGGGCCCGUCUGCUGGCAAGACGACCCCUCGGCGUAAGAGCCAUGGCUUCGGUGGGAAACAGAUCACUCGUACCAGGGUCCAUCCAGUAUGUGGGAACUGUGUCAAGACAGGCACCGAGUGCAUGUAUGAUUCUACGGCCGCUGCUGCCCAACGAAAUCGCGCCGAGGGCAACCACCAGAGAGUCAAACGCAAGAGAGACAUGUUAAAACCUGCAGAAAAGGAUGAACUAGACCUCUCCUCUCCGCAGGAGAGCCUCCGUGAACUGCUGAACUACCAGGCACGUCUCCGAGACCAGAAAUCUGGCUCCGAUGAAAUCGCCACCCGCCUGGAUCGGCUUACCUCCAUGAUCGAACGGCUUAGCCGUACAGGUGAUGCGCACAGCAUUGAAGGAAACACCGCGGGAGGUGGGAGUGCCGGCUCAAAUGUUGCUGGAAGGUCUGGAAUUGUUGAUGGUGCGUCAGGACGCCCUCGCAACAAAUCGGUCUCGUCAUCGGCCUCCGUCUCGCGCCAGUCCAGCCCCAGGCGUAAUUCCGGCGAUGCUAGCAACGAUGAUUUCCCAAUCCCAGCCGGUCUUUCCACCGACCUUGUUGACCCUGUGGGUACCCUGAAUUUGGGACACUUGAGUCUGGAGGAUAGUGGUAGAUCUCGAUAUGUUGGGACCACUUACUGGGCUUACAUCUCGGAUGAGAUUAAUGAGCUAAAUCAACUCCUCCGAAACCAGAAUCGCUCCCAACCACCGAUUAUACCCCAGCCAGCUCCCUCUAAUGGUGGCAAUGAUCCCUCGAUAUCCCCAGUGCAAAAAUCGGAUGAAUCUAAUAGCCAGGUCCAACAGUGGCUGGCCACGCAUGAAAGUAACAUGCAUGAUUCAAUCCUCUACCCAAAGGCCGGCGGACCUUCUUCACACAUAAAGCCUAUACAGGCAGAUAUGCUCAAUCACGUUCCAACAAGGCAUCAAAGCAACAUCCUAUAUAAAUCUUUCAUGUCCGGCGUCCAAGCUAUCAGCCCCGUUCUCCACCCUCCCAAUGUGCUCAAAUCAUAUGAAGAAUUCUGGGACUGGUAUGCCAUGUAUAGACAACCGGGAGCCCCGUAUCCUAGACCUUCUUUUAUCCCACUCCUUUAUGCCAUCUGGUACGGUGGUUCAGUUACCGUCUCCCUAAAGACAAUCCAUGCCGAGUUCAACCUUGAGUCACGCUCGGCGUUAACCGAACCUUUCCACGAUGAAGUCACUCGCUGGCUAAAGACCAUAUCUUUCCCUCGAAGCCCAUCCCUCAACGGCCUGGCUGCCUUCCUCCUUGUCCAAACCAUCCUAUCCAAGGAAGAAGAACCUUUGACCAGCAGCCUCUUCAUCAGUUUGGCCCUUCGCGUAGCUCAAACCAUGGGCUUGCACCGUGACCCCGCACAGUUUGGUAUCUCCCACUGCGAAGCUGAGAUGCGCAGACGGAUGUGGUGGCAUAUUGUUCAUAUGGAUGGUGUAGUUGCCAUGUCAAGUGGCCUUCCACCUCUCGUCAGUGACGAAAACUAUUGGGACGUUCGUCUUACCAGCGAAGUUAAAGACACACUGCUCACUUCACCAGAGGCCGAAGUGUACGAACGGAUGGUAGAUGAGGGCUACCGACGUCCCGAUAAGCCAGAUGAUCCAUCCAUAUGCGGUAAUUCGAUGGUUAACGUGUACUACAUCUCUGCCAAAGGAAAAUACAUAAUGGCCCGUAAGUCCUUUCCUUCCCAUGAUUGUACCUGGUACAUAAAACGCAUGGUUACUAACCCGUACUUAGGUGCCAUUCGGAAGAUUCUGAAGAUACUAUUGGGAACUAGACCUGUCACGAGAAAAGAUAUGGAAGAUCUCAAAUCAGUCCUUGUUGACCUUCAAUUUAAACUUCAUGCACUCGUUGAUCGAAUUUCCAACCCUAAACGCCCAAGUGCCAAUUCCGAUACGACCCGAUGUAUCAAGCCCGACCUCCCUAACGGUGGACCUGGGUGUGGUGAGCAGUAUCACACUCCAGUGUUAACUGCAUUCCACAAAUGGGCAAAGAUAUUACUGUCUUUGUUUGUUCAUAAAGCUUUCUGCGUGGCUUACCAGCCUUUCCUGAAGAAUGCUAAAAGCAAGAUAUGGCCAGCCGCAAGGCAAUGCCUUUCCAAUGGAGUUGGCCUGGAUUUAUAUGAACGGCCUACAAGCUCAGAGGCACCCAAGUCUAGGGCUUUUAUUGAUAAGAUAUUCUCCCUGUCCGGUCCAGAUGGUGGAGUUGUAGGAGGCGAAGAUGGGGUCACGACUUCAAGACCAUUGAACGAUGGUGGGCGAGAAGCCUGGGAUAUGAUGCGAAGACUUCGCGAGAAGGCGUGGUUAAAGGCCGGGCUUGACCCACAAUUGCUUUGGACUGAACAAGCCCAGGUGCAGGCAGGUGUUGCACCUGUCAGAAGUCCUUCCGUAUCAACGACUUCCACUCGCAAUCCGGAGAGAAGCCUCAAGGAUCAGAGUGCAUCCCCCACGACAAACUUUGCAGAUAGUUACUAUGCGAUGAUCAAGAACUCGUACGACGACCAUAGGCAUGUUCGACAGGCAUCAGCAGAGUCGAGCCGUGCAAGAGACAAACAGCCUAUCACGUUCGCAACUUUGCCCCAACAACAGCAACAGAUCCCCAGUCCCACCUGCACAAUCCCUGUUGUAGGUAAUGCUACAACCCCACAACCGUCAUCGAACGCGUUCCUCUGGCCCUCCCAGCCAGUAUACCAGAACCCUUCAGGACCAUUAAACCAAAUCCCAGCGCUUGGCCAAGGAGAUGCACGCGGCUACCUUAACCCAAACUCCGCGAAAUUUGUUGCUCUGGCUGGUGACCGAGCCAAUAUGGCACCGCCUAUUGGACUCAAAAUAGAAACUUCUCAGCCAGCAUUAGCUGAUAUUCCUCUGCAGGCAAUACCACAGCAGCGUCCGCAACUAUCACAACAGACGCAGCACGCAUCUCCACAGCAACAACAACAGCAGCGGCCACAGCCACCGCCCCAGCCCCAACAACAGCCACCACAUCCAAGUGCGUUCGAGCCGAAUGUCAACUUUGAUUGGGACCAAUGGGACGCUGUAUUUGGGCAAUACCUCCCAAUUAUUGACGGGUACAUGGACCUAGAUAACAACGAGCCUCAGACGAACCCUAGUGAUCUGCCCUUAUCAUCCACGAUCCAGGUCUCAGAUGGCGAAAUGGGUAUACAUGAUCGCACAAUGGCAGGCCCAAGCAAUAACAGAAACUGGGCUGAUUUCGGCUAA